UACUCCGGGGUGUCAGUGCGCGUGGACUCUUCUUAUAUCGACAUAUUGGUGCUACUAAUUUAAAUAAAAUUUAGACAAAUUUAACGAUUGUACAUUAAACUAAACGUAAUAGAGAAUAAAUAUUUAUAUAAAAUAUAUAACUAACAAAAAAUAUUUGAUAUUUAAAUAUAAGAAGUUUAAUAGAAACGUUAUAAAGCGACACGGUACAGUCGCACCUUAAUAAAUUCUAUCAAUUGUUUAAUUGUUGCCAGUAUAAAGCACGAAUCAAAAGUUCACGAUUUAUUUGUCCGCAUAUAAAGUACAAUUCGGGCGAUAUUGCAGUCAUUACGUAAGUUGAUUGUCCAAUUUAGUAAACGCUUUUAGUAGAUUUUUUCUGUUUUUUCGAUUUUCCGAACGAAACAUUAAGCGGGGCCAAUUAGACAAAUUUAAAUAUUCUAAAUCGAGAUAGUGAUUAACCUUAAUGACAACUAUAGUUAAAGGAUUUUACCCUAAUCCCCCAAACAUUUAAAGCAAAGAAAUACUCCCAUACGCCCAGUGGAGGGAAAAUGGAACAUACCGGUUAUCUGGGAAACUCUCGCGUGGUUCUCAACCAUUACGAUGUCUCAACUCAGGCCGAUAUCCAGCAUGUGGCUCUCACUUACGAAUCCGAGGACGAGAUCAUGGGUCGGCCCCAUCGUUCGCGUCGCGGUACCGCCCACUACAGCAAGCAGGACAUCCGCGAGCAGUACUGCAUCUCCGACCGGGGCUUGGGGGCCCUCGAAUCCGACCGCCAGAGCCUCUUCGGUUGCCUCUCAUCGCACCAAAGCUCCCCUUGCUCAAACCGCGCCUCUUUCCUCACCGCCUGUGUUCGCCAGAAAGUACCAUCCGACGAGAACCUCUACGACUUGUACCGAAGACAUCCGGCCGACUACGCCCCCUACCCGAGACGCAGCAGGUACCCGUGGGGGCCCCUAGCACCGGAAAUAUACCGGUACGACGAGGACCUCAAGAGCUCCUACUUCCGCCGGAAGGUCCACACCGACCCCAGCAGGUACACCUGGAUGCCCUCCGACGACGAGUCGGUCCGCAUGGAGAAGCCUAAAAGCAUACUCGAACCCUACCAUCCCAACCCGCCUGCAGCCUCGCCGCCGGCACCCAGCAAAAAGCACGUAAGUUUCGCCCGAUCGCACACCAUGGCCUCGUUCGACGACGCCAUGGCCUCCUUGAGCUCCUCCUCGAGUCACUUGAACCGGAUGACCCGGAGUCAAGAGCGCCUCCUCGACGUUCGAAAAGCGGAAGGACUUCCGAUAACGCGUCAACCGGAACCCUCCGACAAUCUUUUAAUCAUCGACAAGGUGAAACGGGCCCCCAUGAAGACCCAAGCCACUCAGACCGAGGCCUGUCUCGGUCGCAAGCCCCUCCCGCCCGGUAACAUCAACCUCAGCCCCCGUACCAUUCACAGGGUGAAAAUGGUAAGUCAAGGCGCCCAAACCAACGGUUUCCUCAUCAACGGUCGCAAACUCAUCAAAUCCUUCUCCGAGGCCGGCACUAAAUUCAAAAGUGACUUUCCCCCAUUUGAAACAAUCGCCGAUCACGAGCCCCUCCAACGCACCCAAUCGGACGAACCUCCCCGCUCCCCCUUCAUCGUAACGUCUCCUCCGCAUCUCCCGAGUGACUCCUCCUCCCUGUCGCGAUCCGAUCACGAAUCGGAAGAUUCCGAAUCGAAAAAAGAGAUUUUUAUCGAUUUUAAGCCGCAAGUACCGACGGGGAAGGUGGCCAAAAGGCCACUCACCAAGACCGUCUCCGACGGGGAGAUGCUGCUCGAGCAGAGGAAGACGCUCAAGAUCGAGGUUCCGGUGGUGAGUGACAAGCAGAUGGUGUCCUACAGUCACGAGCAUAUCGUGGUGAGCGAGGAGGAGCGCAGCUUCACGCCCUACUUUCAAAAGGCGCCAAUCAGACACGAGGGGAUUUGUAGGCAGCUGGGGGACACCAACGUCUACUCCUCCCUAUCGUUCGACGACAACAAUUUCCAUACGCAAGAUUCAAUCGAUGAGGAGUUUCACGAAAACCUCAUCUACAACCGGAUGUACAUGCGGCAGGAUUCGGUCGAAUAUUCGCCAAGUGAUGAAUGUGUGGUACCGUCGGUGUGUCUUUUGCCCGACAGGAAGCUCUCGCCUUUCGCCUCCAAUGACUCUCUUACGAAUGACGUCAGGGACCAUUCUGAUGGUAUUUGGAACGAAUCCCAGGCGACUGUCCUCCAAGUCGACUCGGGUACUGACAACGGUACCGCCUUGAGCAGCUCCGAGAUGACUUCGGUGACGUCCCCCGGCUCCGCCAUUCUGCUAACGCCAUCUUCCCGCCGCAAACACCUCCUAAUGAUGCAACACCAGCAAAGGUCGUCCAUGGACACCGAAGCCUUGGAGGAAGAGUUCGUUGAACAGGGUGAGACAUCCCCCCGCAUCAUAAUCGAGAAACCGAAGCAGUACUUGACCCCCGGUCGCAACUUAUCGCCUUCGUGGCGCCGCAAAACCCCAGAAACCCCCGCCGAGUCGCCCCUCCCGGCCGUAGUCCCCGACUUGCUGCUCGCUCGAACCGACUCCUGCAAAACCAACACCGACGUAUCCGAGAGCACCACCACCGACGACUACAUCACCGCCAACUCCGGCACAGACAGCUCCCGGAAGAGCGGCUCCACGCGGGUGGACUUCUACAACCUGCAGGCGCACCUCCAGGAGAGUUCGUUCGAGAGCAGCAAGGGCGACAUCUUCGGCGAGGAUAUGGUGGUGCCGUCGUUCUCGCCGCCGGUGGAGGAGCCUCCCAGCAUGUCGACCACUCCCGUGCCUGAGGUGCGUACCGGCCGCUCAACUCCGUCCGAGUCGAGUUCGUCGUAUGGAAGUUACAGCGUGGAUGGGUCGUGUCCCGACCUUCUCGAACGCAGUACCAAAGUGCCUUCAAAGGAUGAAGUCCGGUACGAAUCGCCCUCGCCCACCAACGACACGAAAUGGCAACAAAGACGGCCGUUCACUCUCGAUAUCAAACACCAAGCCACACUCAAACCGUCGCCUUCCAACGAAAAGCCCAAACGGGCCAAGUCGAGGACGAGGAGUCCGAUGCAAACGCACAAAAAGCACUACCAGAUUAAGAAAGCAGGGGUGUAUGGACACCAAGCGGAGAACAAGGCCACCAGUGAUGAGUCCAGCUGCGACUUUGGCAAGCACUCGACCAAUCAGACGUCGCCGAGGAAGGGAAAGAAGGGCAAGGAGAACAACAGGCGGAAGUCCCUGCCGAGGUCUCCCACGCAAAAGCCCAAAAAAAGUGUGGAAAUGCAACCGUCGAGCUUACCGGGGAGUUUGUCAAGACGGAAGUCCAAAAAGAGCCAACCGGAGGACGCCAAGAGCACACUCACCCUUUACAGCCCUUCGAAGCGCCACAGCCCCGACACCGCCAAGCUGAAAGCCCUCAGUGCCGAGUCGCUCCGCUCCGUGAGCCCUGGCAGUGACAGCGUGUUCUACAGCGACCCCAGCAGCCACACCGCCGACCACCAGGUCCACUGCCUCCACUGCGGCAAGGAAGUGGACAUCGUGACCACCGACGACCCUGACAAGAGUCUAAGCAGCAACGGCACCCAAGACAUCGUGCAACCGCCAGCCGGUUUCGAGGAUUCGCCUCGUGCCAAGCAUCCCCCAGGUCGUCUGUACAAGAAACUAGACCGGAGAUUUCGCUCCGAAGACCGCCAAGCCGACUACCGACGGCAAAAAAGGUACAAGCCCGACGUGAGGGCCAAGUCGGAGGAACGCGGGGCAAAGACCUACAGGGCGAAGCUGCGCCCCAUGGCCAAGUCGACCGACAACAGCCAGGAGGUGCUCAAGGCCACCGAUUCGAGUCCGAGUGUUUUGCCGGGCGCGCCGGAGGACGAGGACGAUCAAGGGGUUUACGACGUGCCUUACAUGGAGGGCUGCUGGAUUUAUGUGGACGAGAGGGAGGAGGUGCAGCGGAGCAAGGGCUGCACGCCCACGGAACAGGAGCCGCCAAGGAGGGACUCCGUCUCGAGCACUGAGUCCGAACAGGAGUUCAGGAAGAGGUAUCAAGCGGUCACACAUCGAAUGGUGCAUCGAAAAUCCUGCCUCGAGAUGUACAAGAGGCAGACGUCAAGGUCGUUUGAUGAGUAUUUAGACGGAACAUAUUCGCGUAAAAAUGAAACGGUUAUAAAGUCAUUCCGUUGUGGCGGUGCUCUCACCAUGGCCUUAGGAACAUCGCUGCCGCCCGACGACCAAUUGCGCACCAAACUCGAAGAAAUCCUUAAAUUAAUGUUGGUUAUUUGGUGCCGGGAGAACCAAGCCUUGAACCUCGUCGCGAACCAAAAAAAUGAAUGCGACAAGACCGUGGUGGUCCAUCGCGAGUCCGGCGAGUUCGGGUUCCGCAUCCACGGCUCAAAGCCGGUGGUCGUCUCCGCCAUAGAGCCUGGAACUCCAGCUGAAACUUCCGGCCUCGAAGUCGGCGACAUCGUAUUGGCCGUGAACGGCGUGAGUGUCCUUGACAAGAGCCACUCCGAAGUGGUGAAAAUCGCCCACGCUGGCAGCGACACCCUCUCCUUGGAGGUAGCUCGGACUUGCUACGCCCUCAACAGCCCCCACGACGAGCAUUCCACAGCCCUCUACAGCGGCUAUUUAUGGAAACUAAGCGGUUACGCGUCGGGCAAUCUGUCAAACAAGUGGAUUCGGCGUUGGUUCUGUCUCAAACAAAACAAUUGCCUUUAUUACUACAAGACUGAUUCGGAGAAGCAGCCAGUGGGAGUGGUGAUGCUGUUCGACCACGAGGUGCGCAAGCAGAGCGACGACGAAGAGGGCGUGUCCAAGAACCACCGAUUUGUUAUUUACAAGCCGGAGGCGGUGCCCUUGCAUCUGGCCGCCGAUAAUGGCACCGCCCUCAACCGGUGGUACGAUGUGAUCAGUCGAGCGAUCAGUGACAGUCAAACGGUUGAUGAGUUUUUGGAAAAAACGAAAAAGAAUCUGACUUUGGCGCCAAAUUCAAUUUCGAACCCGGAUUGCUUCGGGUAUUUGGUCAAGUUGGGGACCCAGUGGAAGUCCUGGAGUAAGCGCUACUGUGUCCUGAAGGACGCCUGUUUGUACUUUUAUCAAGACGCAGGGUCCAAGUGUGCGUUCGGAGUUGCCUAUUUGCAAGGCUAUAGAGUCCAACAGUCGAUCACGGGGAAUAAGAAGCACGCAUUUGAGAUAAUUCCACCUGAUCCGAGCAAAAAACAUUUCUACUUUCACACCGAAUCGGACGCUGACCGAAAACGAUGGAUCGCCGCACUUGAAUACUCGAUCGACCGAUGGCUGAAAAUACAAUAACUUGAUGUCUAUAUCACCUGUAGAUGCAUGAUGUUUUUCAUAUAAUUUCGAAGAAAUCAUUUUGCUCAAUUAUUUCCUUGUAUUAUCGUUUAUAAUAAAACUUUGGUACUAUACUUAAUGCACUGCCAUUGUAAAUACUCAAAAGUACUAAUAAAAAUCCAGUCACCUUGGA